CCUUAAAUAUCAUCACACCAAACCCUGAUUUUCUCAACUCAAAACAAAUCAACACAAUCCCUAAUAUCUCUCUCCAUUUUUACCAAAUCAAUUUGCAAUGGCUCGUACUAAGCAAACAGCACGCAAAUCCACCGGAGGCAAAGCACCAAGGAAGCAGUUAGCAACAAAAGCUGCUCGGAAAUCAGCACCGGCAACCGGAGGAGUGAAGAAGCCACACAGGUUCAGGCCAGGAACCGUUGCUCUGAGAGAAAUCAGGAAGUACCAGAAGAGCACUGAGCUUCUUAUAAGGAAGCUUCCAUUCCAGAGGCUAGUGAGGGAAAUCGCUCAGGAUUUCAAAACUGAUCUCCGAUUCCAAAGCAGCGCUGUUUCUGCGCUACAAGAAGCUGCUGAAGCUUACCUAGUUGGUUUGUUCGAAGACACUAACCUCUGCGCUAUUCAUGCUAAGAGAGUUACCAUUAUGCCCAAAGAUAUUCAGCUUGCUCGCAGAAUCAGAGGAGAGAGAGCUUAAAUUCCAUUACUAUGGUUCAAUUUCUUUAGGGGUUGUAUGUGUUUCUUAAUUAGGGUUAGGUUUAUGAUGUUGUUGUUACUUUAUAUUCUGUUUAAAUCUAUUUUGUUAUCAUCUUGUAACAAUGAAAUUUGAGAAUUCAAACUGUCAUAGUGAUGCGUUGAAACACAA